AGUAUGCUUGAUGGCACGGAUUGAAAUAUUGAAUUGAUUGAUCAACUCGCUAUCCACGCUUCUUAAUUUGUCUACAAUUCUACUUUUAAAAUAAUACAUUCAAGUUAAUUUGGUAAAUUAAUUUUUUGUCUAAAAUGGCAAGUGCAUGCCGAAUAUUUUGUAGAAACAUUAACAAUACACCAUUAUCAAAAAUAAUUACAACAAAAUUACGAGUGUCUACAAAGAAAUUUAUUCGACCUUAUAGUGAACAACAAGACAAGUUAGCUACUUUAAAACAUGGUGCUUUUGCUGAGUUUUAUGAAAAAACCAAAGAGAACAAACUAGUUGUUGAAGAAGACCAAGACUUUGAAAUGCUAUUGAGGAAUUCAAAUUUUAUAAAUCUUGGUGAUCCCGAGGGUAAACAAGUGAUCGGAACUAUAUUUCAUAUUGUUGAUAAUGAUUUGUACAUUGACUUUGGAUGGAAAUUCCAUUGUGUUUGUACAAGACCAAUAAAAAAUGCUGAUUCUUUUGUACGAGGAUCACAAGUAAAAUUGAGAAUCAAAUCCUUAGAAUUAGCUACCCGGUUUUUGGGCUCUGAAAAAGAUUUAACUCUACUCGAAGCAGAUGCAGCACUUUUGAGUCUUCACAAACCAAUAAAAUAUUAGAGAUACUGUAUUUCAUAGGUACUUUUACUUGUUGUAAAAUUAUAUUUGUUUAGCAAUUUGUUAUGUAUGUUAAUUUUAAAAUGCUUGUAAAAUAAAAGGUUUGAUUUAUAUAAAUUAAUUUUAUAAUUGUAUUAUUAACUAAUAUUAGAGUUUGGAAGUUGUAACUUAUAGGAGUUAGAAUUGAUAAAAUAAUACAUUUUCAUACAAGAAAUAUUAACCAGUUCAGUUCGGCAGUUCCUAAAUGUACACAUUUUUUUGAAUACUUGAUUCAUACAAAUAAUACUUGUGGUUGAAUGAUGAUAUGUGAUGAAAAUACCCAAAGUUUAAUUGUUUAUGUUAGUCUGCCAAUUGCCAUAUCCUAAAAGCAUAAAAAAAUCUUGUAAAUAACUUCCCGAAUCCCAGUAAUUUUUUGUUAGUUAUUACUAGUGUCGUUUACUCAAUCCAUUUUGAAUCCAACUGCCUGAUGGUUUCAUAGUAUUUGAAUCAUUUUUUGAAUUAACAUGUUCAUAUAUUAUAAAACCAAAAUUUUAUUUAAUUGACUUAUUUGUUCAAGAUUUAUCUAUAAAAUGUUCAAACUGAAUUAAAAAUAAAUUAUUG